GAACGUCACCUUCACUUUAUACAUGCAUAUCCCUAUGUAUCAUAACUAAGUUUGAAGGUUUUUAUUUUUUAUUUUUUUUUCAGCACGGCAUUAUUAUUUAGCCUUUUUAUAAGGAGUACACUAUUAGAAAGGAUAUUUUUCUUAAAGUUCUCUCUACUGUGUACAUAAUUAUAACACCAUGGCACUGCAUUUGGCUGCUCCAAGAUCCUCCAUUUUGAACAAACAAGAAAUGUGUAUUUCACAAAGAAUAAGCAACAGUACUACUGGAAACAUGAAACCAAACUUGAACAAUCAUACUGGUCGCUUGAAGAUAAAGCUGGCCAAUGUUGCUGCCGAGAAUCUGAUCAAGCUUAACAAAGCUAUGAAUAAACUGGAACUUUUUUGUUGGAAACAAGCUGGGAAAGUUGAUGAGAAUACUGUUAAUCAUGUUGACAUAUUCAGCGGAAGAUUGUUCAAGGGUGGGCGUGUUUUCCAGCAACAUUUCUUGAUUAGAUCAUACGAGUUAGGCCCCGAUAGCAAAAUAUCCGUUGGAGCCUUAGUUAAUCUUUUACAGGAAUCUGCGCUGAACCACUUCAAAAGUGUGGUGCUCGUGGCGGAGGGAUUCGGUUCAACUCCGGAGAUGAGCAAAAGGAAUCUGAUAUGGGUUGUCCUUAGUAUGCAGAUUGUGAUAGAUAGCUAUUCUUCAUGGGGUGAUAUUGUUCAAGUUGAGACCUGGUCUUGUGCAUCAGGAAGGCACGGAGCUCGCCGAGACUGGCUUGUCCGUGAUUACAACACUGGCAAAACUCUGCUUCGAGCAGUCUGUGUGUAUGUGAUGCUGAAUAAGAAGACAAGAAAAUUGUCCAAGUUCAUACAAGAAACCAGAGAGGAGACUAAAGGCAUGUUUAUGGAUCAUUGUGAUCCAAUAAUUGAGCAGGAUUGUAGAAAGCUAAGGGACUUGGAUUUUGACACAGCAGAUUAUAUCCGAACAGGCUUAUUGAAUCUAUUGCAGUCCAAUUGGACUGAUCUGGAUGUCAAUCAGCAUGUGAACCAUGUGAAGUAUAUUGAUUGGAUUCUCGAGAAUGCUCCUGAAUCAGUAGUGGAGACACACAAGCUGAGCGCAAUGAGGUUGGAGUUCCGAAAGGAGUGUGGGAAGAACAGUUCAUUGCAGUCAUUGUGUGCAUUGGCCAGAGAAACUCAUGAAACUGAAACUGAUGAUGAUAGGGAAAUUGAGAUGGACCACACUCUUCGUCUUGUUGAAAAUGGGUCUCAAAUUUUGAGGGCAAGGACUGUUUGGAUGCCAAGAAACUAACGAAAACUUUGGAGUCCCCAUAUAUAUUAGCUGAGAAAACUCCUCGGAUGAUCCCAUCACUACUUGUAUCCGUCACCAACUUGAAUAACCGGUGUAAUAGAAUAAAAAGGAAGUCUAGGACAUUUUUUAUGGUCUAUAAUAAGUUAGCUGUUUUCUAAUUUCUGCCGUAUGAUUGUGUAUAAAAAAAAAAUUAAAUUGGAGAUCAUUUUUCAGC